AGCAGCUGCUGACCGCCCUCCCCUCAGCCAUGGACACCCUCAGCUAUCCUUCAUCAGUGCCCACGACCUCGGAACCUGGGAACACCUCCUCAGUCUGGCCCCUGGAUGUCACCCUGGGAAAUGCGUCCUCAGCCCCGAGCACAGCAGGGCUGGCCAUCAGCGGUGUUCUGAUCCCACUGGUCUACCUGGUGGUGUGCGUGGUGGGCCUGCUGGGCAACUCGCUGGUCAUCUACGUGGUCCUGCGGCAUACGGCCAGCCCGUCGGUCACCAACAUCUACAUCCUCAACCUGGCGCUGGCCGACGAGCUCUUCAUGCUGGGCCUGCCCUUCCUGGCUGCCCAGAACGCCCUGUCCUACUGGCCCUUCGGCUCCCUCAUGUGCCGCCUGGUCAUGGCCGUGGACGGCAUCAACCAGUUCACCAGCAUCUUCUGCCUCACCGUCAUGAGCGUGGAUCGCUACCUGGCCGUGGUGCACCCCACCCGCUCUGCCCGCUGGCGCACGGCGCCCGUGGCCCGCACGGUCAGCGUGGCUGUCUGGGUGGCCUCAGCCGUGGUGGUGCUGCCCGUGGUGGUCUUCUCGGGCGUGCCCCGUGGCAUGAGCACCUGCCACAUGCAGUGGCCCGAGCCGGCGGCGGCCUGGCGAGCUGGCUUCAUCAUCUACACGGCCGCGCUGGGCUUCUUUGGGCCGCUGCUGGUCAUCUCUCUCUGCUACCUGCUCAUCGUGGUCAAAGUGCGCUCUGCCGGCCGGCGGGUGCGGGCACCCUCGUGCCAGCGGCGGCGGUGCUCCGAGCGCAGGGUCACACGCAUGGUGGUGGCCGUGGUGGCGCUCUUCGUCCUCUGCUGGAUGCCCUUCUACGUGCUCAACAUCAUCAACGUGGUGUGCCCGCUGCCCGAGGAGCCUGCCUUCUUCGGCCUCUACUUCCUGGUGGUGGCACUGCCCUAUGCCAACAGCUGCGCCAACCCCAUCCUUUACGGGUUCCUCUCCUACCGCUUCCAGCAGGGCUUCCGCCGGGUCCUGCUGCGGCCUUCCCGCCGGGUGCGCAGCCACGAGCCCCCUGCGGGGCCUCCGGAGAAGACCGAGGAGGACGAGGAAGAGGAUGGAGAGAAGGGUGGGGAGAAGGGGGCAGGGAAGCCAGGGGAGAGGCAGGAGGAGAACAGCCGGGUCAGCCAGAUCACACAGCCCGGCACCAGCGGGCAGCAGCAGCCGCCCAGCGGCACGGCUGGCAAAGAGCAGCAGUUCCUACCCCAGGAGCCCUCAGCUGGGGAGAAGUCAGGCACGCUGCACAUCAGCUAUCUGUAGGGGCCUGCAGAGGGCCAGGGUGGCCCGAGGACAAGACAGAGGCUGUGGGUGUGCCUAGGGAGGCCACCCCAGGGGCCAGGGGCCCAUGAUGGGGUGUUCGGACGCCUGGGCUCUGAUCCCAGUGCUGCCGGGACUUGCUGCAUGACCUUGGAUGGGUCAGCUUCCCCUCUCUGGGCCUCGUGUUCUCUCGUGACUCAGGGAUGGGAGUCAUUGGCCUGGACGAGCUCCACCAGAUGAGAAGUCUGGAGGGCAUCACUGCUGGGCUGACCUUCCUGAGGCGGGCCCAGGUGAAGAGGAUACGGGCAGACUGCCCUUUCCCCUCCUAGAUGGAGCAACCUGGUGGAUCAGCCUGAAUCUUGGCCCUCAGAGGGAUAAACCAAGGCCGGAGUUCCUGGGCUCAGAGUCGGGUUCCCAGAAGAGGGACUGGGGCCCCAGGUUCACAGGGAGUUGGACUCAGGCCACGAAUAGAGGAAAGUCUUACCUGGCAGGAGGAGGGUGUGAGACCGUCAAGACCCAUGUCAGCUCUCCCUCACUGGCUGCAAGGCCUGGAACCACCUCUUCUCCUCUCCGGGCCUCAGGCCUCACCUGCUGAACAACCCAACAAGCUCCAGGUCCCCUUGGCCCAGACGGUCAGCGCCGGGGCUCGUGUGCUCCUGGACACGAGGAGAAGGGGUAGAUUCUCCAGGAAGCUAACUAAGUCCAGCUUCAGGGUCCCUUACUGCUGGGGCCCUUCUGAGGCCCUGCGUCUAAUUUUGUACUCGUAAUUUUGUAUUCUUUUUCUUAAAGAGGGACUCCAAAUUGCAUAAGCUUAGGCCACCCAAAACCUAGGUUAACCUCUA